AUGCUGCACAACAAAUUGCUAACAUCUGUUGAAACCAAUACACAAGCUAAUGCUAAACAUGUAUCAAACUUUUCCAAGGGUGCACCUGUAAAUCGGCGUAUGGUUAUACAAAGAAUGCAAAACAUUCCCUUGAUUUGGUUGGACAACAAUAUUAAUGAUAAUAAUGCUGAUUGUAAUAAUAUAAUCAAGCAAUUGAAAUGUGUAGCAAAUAACAUAAGCACGUUUACAGAUGCCGAUCAGUGUGUUAACUUUAUUCAAACCAUUACCAACAACAAAGUAUGCAUCGUUGUUUCUGGUUCACUUGGACAACAUAUAGUGCCUCGUAUGCAUGAUAUGUCUCAAAUGGAUACCAUUUUUAUUUUAUGUAAUAAUCAAGAAUUUGAUAAACAAUGGACCAAAGAAUGGCCUAAAAUAAAAGGAGUCUUCACAGAUAUGAAAUCAAUCUGUAAAGCUCUUAAACAAACUGCUCAUCAAUAUGAGCAAAAUGCCAUUUCGAUUAGUUUUGUGGCACCAAACAAAAAUUUGGAUCAAUUAGAUCCAUCAUUCAUGUAUACUCAGAUCUUCAAAGAGAUCCUGUUAACCAUUGACUUCAAAGACAGACAUUUUGAAGAAUUUAUUACUUAUUGUCGUGAUGUAUCUGUCGAAAAAGACUAUGACUUACAUAAUAUUGAAAAAUUGGAACGUGACUACCAUGAUCAAACACCGAUUUGGUGGUAUACUUAUCAAUAUUUUUUAUAUUCGAUGCUUAAUCAAGCAUUACGAUUGAUGGAUGUUGAUAUUAUUGUUCGAAUGGGCUUCUUUAUUAAUGAUCUACAUCGCGAUAUUCACCGACUCCACUCGGAACAAUUUCAUGGUCAACAAUCUGAUAAAACAUUUACAGUUUAUCGUGGGCAAUGUCUUUCAAAAGAACAUUUUACCGAAAUGACAAAAACUAAAGGUGGACUUCUCUCAUUUAAUAACUUUUUAUCGACUAGUACAAAUCGUGAUGUUUCUCUCUGUUUCGCACCACAAGUUGCUACAAAUCCUGAUCUUGUUGGAAUUUUAUUUGUUAUGUCAAUUAAUCCGACUGAUUCAACAACUCCAUUUGCUUCUGUUAGUGAUAUUAGUUAUUUUCAUACAGAAGAUGAAGUUCUCUUUUCUAUGCAUACCGUUUUUCGUAUUGGAGAUACUAAGCCAAUGGAUGGAAAUACUCAUCUUUAUCAAGUAAAUUUAACAUUAACCAAUGACAACGAUCAAGACCUUCGGAUUCUUAGCGACCAGAUUCGGCAGGAGACCUUUCCAGAUGAAGAAGGAUGGUACAGACUAGGUCAAUUACUAAUUAAAAUGGGUCAAUUUACGAAGGCUCAAGAAAUUUAUUACGAUUUACUUAAUCAAACAACAGAUGAGAGUGACAAAGCACCGCUUUAUUAUCAACUAGGUUGGAUUAAAUAUAAUCAAGGAGAAUAUCAAGAGGCACUGUCAUCUCACGAAAAAGCUCUUACAAUUCGACAAGAAUUACUUCGUUCCAAUCAUCCUGAUUUGGGAGAUUCUUAUGACAGAAUCGGUAUGGUAUAUGACAGCAUGGGUGAUUAUCCAAAAGCACUUUCUUAUUAUGAAAAAGCCGUUGCAAUUCAAGAACAAUCACUUCUUUCCAAUCAUCCCGGUUUGGGUGCUUCCUAUAACAACAUUGGUAGUGUACAUUACAUCAUGGGUAAUUAUCCACAAGCACUUUCAUCUCAUGAAAAAGCCCUUGCAAUUCAACAACAAUCACUUCCUUCUAGUCAUCCAGAUUUGGCUUUUUCCUACAUGGGCAUCGGUUUGGUGUAUUACAGCAUAGGUGAUUAUUUAAAAGCACUUUCUUAUAAUGAGAAAGAUCUUGCAAUUCGACAACAAUCACUUCCUUCCAAUCAUCCUAAUUUGGCUAAGUCGUAUAACAACAUUGGUUUGAUGUAUUACAACAUGGGUGAUUAUCCAAAAGCACUUUUAUCUCAUGAAAAAGCCCUUGAAAUCAAACAACAAUCACUUCCUCCCAAUCAUUCUGAUUUGGCUACUUCCUACAACAACAUCGGUUUGGUGUAUUACAUCAUGGGUGAUUAUUUAAAAGCACUUUCUUAUUAUGAAAAAGCCCUUGAAAUCGAACAACAAUCAUUUCUUCCCAAUCAUCCUGAUUUAGCUACUGCCUAUAACAACAUUGGUUUGGUGUAUUACAGCAUCAGUGAUUAUCCAAAAGCAAUUUCAUGUUAUGAAAAAGCCCUUACAAUUCAACAACAAUCAUUUCCUUCCAAUCAUCCUCAUUUUGCCAAGUCCUAUAACAACAUUGGUUUGGUGUAUUACAACAUGGGUGAUUAUCCCGAAGCACUUGUAUCUCAUGAAAAAGCUCUUGAAAUCAAACAACAAUCACUUCCUUACAAUCAUCCUAGUUUGGCAACGUCCUAUAACAACAUCGGCUUGGUGUAUGAUAGUAUGGGUAAUUAUCCAAAAGCACUUUCUUAUUAUGAAAAAGAUCUUAGAAUUCAACAACUACUAAUUCCCUCCAAUCAUCCUGAUUUGGUUGCUUCAUAUAACAACAUCGGUUUGGUGAACGAGAAUAUGGGCAACUAUUCAGAAGCUCAUUCCUUUUAUGAACUUGCUGUACAAAUCGGGCAAAAAUCACUACCAAUAAAUCAUCCCAAUCUUAAAAUGUACAGAAAGAAUCUCGAAGACAUGAAAAAGAAAUUAUAA